CCCGCGGCCCGCCACGCCCUGCUCGGUCUUGCGGUGACUGGCUGAGUGAGGAGCCUUACCCUAGCGACUCUACUUUCUUCUGUGGCUCAGCCAGAGCUCCCUCCUUGACCCAGCCCGAGAGGGAGAGGGGACCUCCUGUGACCAGGAGCUCCACAGUCUCCUCUCCUCAGAAUGACCGCGCCUGCCAGGGGUCCUGCUUUCAGGCUUGAGACUUCCGAUGGAGGCCAGGAAGAUGGCACUGAGGGGGACAAAGGAAAUCUGGGCCAUGGGGAUGGGCCACCUCCCAUGGAGUCACCGUUCCAGGGUGAGGACCGCAACUUCUCCCCUCAGAUCAAAGUGAACCUCAACUACCGGAAGGGACAGAGUGCCAGCAGCAAACCCGAUCCUGAGCGCUUUGAUCGGGACCGGCUCUUCAGCGUGGUCUCCCGGGGCGUCCCAGAGGGGCUGGCUGGAUUGGCAGAGUACUUGCGCAAGACCAGUAAAUACCUCACUGACUCAGAAUACACAGAGGGCUCCACGGGCAAGACGUGCCUAAUGAAGGCCUUGCUGAACCUUCAGGAUGGUACCAACGCCUGCAUCCUGCCGCUGCUCCGGAUCGACAAGGACUCUGGCAACCCCUGGCCCCUGGUCAACGCCCAGUGCACGGAUGACUACUACCGAGGCCACAGUGCCUUGCACAUCGCCAUUGAGAAGAGGAGCCUGCCGUGUGUGAAGCUCCUGGUAGAGAACGGGGCAGAUGUGCAUGCCCGGGCCUGUGGCCACUUCUUCCAAAAGAAGAGCCAAGGGGCGUGCUUCUAUUUUGGUGAGCUGCCCCUCUCUCUGGCCGCGUGCAUCAAACAGUGGGAUGUGGUGACCUACCUCCUGGAGAACCCGCACCAGCCGGCCAGUCUGCAGGCCACUGACUCCUUGGGCAACACAGUGCUGCACGCCCUGGUUAUGAUUGCUGACAACUCGGCCGAGAAUAGCGCCCUGGUGAUCCGCAUGUACGACGCGCUGCUGCGGACCAGCACCCGCCUCUGCCCCACGGUGAGGCUUGAGGACAUCCCCAACAGACAGGGCCUCACGCCUCUGAAGCUGGCCGCCAAGGAGGGCAAAAUCGAGAUUUUCAGACAUAUCCUGCAGCGGGAGUUCUCGGGGCAGUACCAGCCACUUUCCCGAAAGUUCACGGAGUGGUGCUAUGGGCCUGUCCGUGUGUCGCUGUACGACCUGGCUUCUGUGGACAGCUGGGAGGAGAACUCGGUGCUGGAGAUCAUCGCCUUUCACUGCAGGAGCCCGCACCGACACCGAAUGGUCGUUUUGGAGCCGCUAAACAAACUGCUGCAGGCGAAAUGGGAGCUGCUCACCCCCAAGUUCUACAUCAACCUGCUCUCUUACCUGGUUUACAUGAUCAUCUUCACCGCCGUGGCCUAUCACCAGCCAGCCCUGGAAAAGCAGGGCUGGCAUCCCCUGAAGCCAACAGCCGGAAACUCCAUGCUGCUGCUGGGCCACAUCCUGAUCCUGCUUGGGGGACUGUACCUCCUCUUUGGCCAGCUGUGGUACUUCUGGCGGCGGCGCCUGUUCAUCUGGAUCUCGUUCAUGGACAGCUACUUCGAGGUCCUCUUCCUGCUCCAGGCCCUGCUCACAGUGCUGUCCCAGGUGCUGUGUCUCUUGGCCAUUGAGUGGUACCUGCCCCUGCUCGUGUCCUCGCUGGUGCUGGGCUGGCUGAACCUGCUGUACUACACACGUGGCUUCCAGCACACAGGCAUCUACAGCAUCAUGAUCCAGAAGGUCAUCCUGAGGGACCUGCUCCGUUUUCUUCUGGUCUACUUCGUCUUCCUCUUUGGUUUUGCUGUAGCACUGGUGAGCCUGAGCAGGGAGACCCAAGCCCCCAAGGCCCCCUCGGACCUCAAUGCCACAGAUGGGGAGCCUCACAAGGAGGGAGGGGCAGAUGAGGAGGGUCACGCGGUCCCAUACGGGGGCAUCCUGGACGCCUCCCUGGAGCUCUUCAAGUUCACCAUCGGCAUGGGUGAGCUGGCCUUCCAGGAGCAGCUGCGCUUCCGUGGGGUGGUGCUGCUGCUGCUGCUGGCCUACGUGCUGCUCACCUACGUGCUGCUGCUCAACAUGCUCAUCGCCCUCAUGAGCGAGACCGUCAACAGCGUUGCCACCGACAGCUGGAGCAUCUGGAAGCUGCAGAAAGCCAUCUCAGUCCUUGAGAUGGAGAAUGGCUACUGGUGGUACCGGCAGAAGAAGCAGCGGGCAGGGGUGAUGCUGAAAGUGGGCACCCAGCUGGAUGGGAGCCCUGAUGAGCGCUGGUGCUUCCGGGUGGAGGAAGUGAACUGGGACUCAUGGGAGAAGACGUUGCCCACUGUGUGCGAAGAGCCAGCCGGAGCCCAAGUCCUUGGCACCACAAAGAACCCUACUCGGUCUUCCCAACAUGAGGAAGACCAUGCUUCAGAGGAAGACCAUCUACCCCUCCAGCAACUCCAGUGACAGCCCAGACACAGCAGGAGGCAGCAGGGCAGAGCAGGGGCCAGAGUCUGAAAUUACUGCCCAUUUUUGGUGGAAACUAGUUUCUCAUGACUGACUUUUUGGGAAACAUUAUUUGAGUAAAGUUACUGGACCCUGA